GCGUACCGCCCUAAACCCCUCCCCCUCGCCUACCGUGGAUCAGCUGAGGGACCCGAGAUGUCUGUUGACAGCGGCGGCGGCUGUGUGGCCGGUUCCGGGAUCCGCGCAGGGCGGGGGAUGUGAGUCCUAUGGAGCAACCCGGAGAAGAGGAGCAGCAGCCACCGCAGGAGCCCUGGGGGAGGCUCCUUCGUCUAGGCGCGGAGGAGGACGAACCUCAAAUCCUUCUGUGGAAACGCGAGUGGACCAUCGGAAGGAGGAGAGGUUGUGACCUCUCUUUCCCCAGCAAUAAACUGGUCUCUGGAGAUCACUGUAAACUUAGAGUGGAUGACAAAUCUGGUCAGGUGACCCUGGAAGACACCAGCACCAAUGGAACAGUAAUCAACAAGCUGCAAGUUGUUAAGAAGCAGACUUACCCUUUACAGAGUGGGGAUGUCAUCUAUUUGGUAUACAGGAAGAAUGAGCCAGAACACAAUGUGGCAUACCUCUAUGAAUCUUUAAAUGAAAAACAAAGCUUGCCUCAAGAAUCCUUUGAAGCCAAUAAAGAAAAUAUGUUCCAUGUGACCAAAGACUCCUCAGGUCCAGGGCAGGGUGAUGACCUCCAGGUUCCACCAUUGUCACCCGUGGCUCAAACAUGCUUAGAGGAACCACAGCCAUCAACAUCGACAUCAGACCUCUUCCCCACGGCCUCUACCUCUUCUAUGGAGCCAGAGCUGACCUCUGCAGGGCAAAAGCAUUCCUCUAGCUCUGGACUUGGGAAUGCAGGCAUUUCCCUAAAAGAAUGUAGUUCACUUAUUGCAAAUGGUGAACUCUCCAGCCUUUCUCCAGUUCUCCAAGACAAAGAAACACCCUUUUCUUUGGAAACUGAAGACCAUGAGGAAUUGGAGCCUGCCAAAAAAAGGAUGAAAGGAGAUGGGGAGCUUGACUUAAACCUGCAGUUAUUGAUUGCAGACCAGCAUGGAAAUGCGCAAACCUCACGUGAGGAUGUCAGAGUUGCCUCUGUGAAGCCAGACAAGAUGGAGGAGACACUAACCUGCAUCAUCUGUCAAGACCUUCUGCAUGACUGUGUGAGUUUGCAGCCUUGUAUGCACACAUUUUGUGCAGCUUGCUACUCUGGCUGGAUGGAGCGUUCAUCUUUGUGCCCUACCUGCCGAUGUCCAGUGGAGCGGAUCUGUAAAAACCACAUCCUGAACAACCUUGUGGAAGCAUACCUUAUUCAGCACCCAGAUAAGAGUCGCAGUGAAGAAGAUCUGAGAAGUAUGGAUGCAAGGAAUAGAAUCACUCAAGAUAUGCUGCAACCCAAAGUCAGGAGGUCUUUCUCUGAUGAAGAGGGGAGUUCAGAGGACCUGCUGGAGCUGUCAGAUGUUGAUAGUGAAUCCUCAGACAUCAGUCAGCCAUAUAUUGUAUGCAGACAGUGUCCUGAAUACAGAAGGCAAGCAGUGCAGUCUCUUCCUUGCCCAGUCCCAGAAAGCGAGCUAGGAGCUACACAGGCCCUUGGUGGGGAAGCACCAUCAACAUCUACCAGCUUGCCAGCAGCAGCCCAGGAUUAUAUGUGCCCUCUUCAAGGAAGCCAUGCCAUAUGUACCUGUUGCUUCCAGCCUAUGCCUGACCGGAGAGCUGAACGUGAGCAGGAUUCCAGUGUUGCCCCUCAGCAGUGUGCAGUGUGCCUACAACCCUUCUGCCAUUUGUAUUGGGGCUGCACCCGGACUGGCUGUUUUGGCUGCUUGGCUCCAUUCUGUGAGCUCAACUUGGGGGACAAGUGCUUGGAUGGAGUGCUGAACAAUAACAACUAUGAGUCGGACAUCCUGAAGAAUUACCUGGCAACCAGGGGUCUGACAUGGAAAAAUAUGUUGGCAGAGAGUCUCCUAGCUCUACAGCGGGGUGUAUUUCUACUGUCUGAUUACAGAGUCACUGGAAACACUGUACUGUGUUACUGCUGUGGUCUGCGCAGCUUUCGAGAGCUGACCUACCAGUAUCGGCAGAACAUUCCUGCUUCAGAGUUGCCAGUGACUGUAACAUCCCGUCCUGAUUGCUACUGGGGCCGUAACUGUCGCACUCAGGUGAAGGCUCACCAUGCAAUGAAAUUCAAUCACAUCUGUGAACAGACAAGGUUCAAGAACUGAGCGUUGGAGGAUACACAUAAAACAGUUACAGAGCACAGGAGGCAAUAACACUAUGUUUUUAAAAAUACCACAUACAGACACAUUAAGGGCAUUUUUAGAGUUCUCCCUUUACAGUUCCAGCACUGGUUUCUGGUCAGGCACUCUAGUAUGGCUUUUCCCUCUGUGGAGCUUUAACCUCAGUCACACACAGACACACACAGACACACACACACACCCACACACACCCCAUGUGCCCCAAUCACCCGGGAGGCCUACUGGUUACACUAGUCUCCUAACCUCAGACACACACACACACACACCAUGUGCCCCAAUCACCCGGGAGGCCUACUGGUUACACUAGUCUCCUAACAUCAGACACACACACACACACACCAUGUGCCCCAAUCACCCGGGAGGCCUACUGGUCACACUAGUCCCCUAGUCAGUGCCGGCAGACCAACAGACAGAUCUCUCUCCCACUAGACAGCUCUCCCUGUGUGUGGUGAGGCAGUGAUAAGUGCAGGUUUAUACUUUUGUAUCUUUUAUACCUUGUACCUUGACUACAGUUAAAAUGGAAAAGUUUCAUGGGAAAAGGGGUCAGAUACGUCAGAAGCAUCUAUGUAAGAAAAGGAAGCGUAAGUUUACAGCCUCCAUAGAUGUACAGGAUAUUCUUCUGUCUGGAAAGCCUUUUGUAUAUUUUUUAUUUUAAUAGGUUUGGUGCUUAUCUUCUAAUAAGAUUUAAAUAUUAAAAACUGUAGCACAAAUAUAAUUUACAAACUGACUGAAAUUGGGAAUAGUCUGAUAUUUGAAAGAAUGAGCAUAUGUUUCUGUAUUUAAAAAAAAUCAUUAAAUGUCCAAAACUGCUAAUCCUGAGGAGGAUAUCUUGAGUAUACAGGUCCUUGACACAGGGCUGACCUAUGCCUCUUAUGCAGCAGGGUACAGCCUCUGCCCUUAGCUCUCCAGUCCCCGAGAGCAGACCCCUGCUGAAACUCCAGAUGGCUCCAGACUGAUAGGGCUUCUACUUUCCAGCCCCUAUCCUGGUAUAUUAGGUUUGUUAUGUCAUCUGGAAUAAUACUUGAAAUUUUGUUUUUCAUUUUUUUUAAGCUUUUUUAUCUUUUAUUGAAAUCACCUGUUAUGUUUGUUUGCAAACUGCUAACUUUUUGCUUCUCAGGAAUACAAUUUUCACCUGUUGUCUUGCUCUUGAUACAGACUGAGAGGCAGUACUAUGUAUUUGUGGGAGGUUCUCUUUUUUCGAUUCUAAUAAAUGAGCUGUGUUUGUUUCUC